AGAGAUUCGAAGCUGUAUAGACUCCUUCACCGCCUCGCCCUCGACAAGGAGCUUCUUGGAGGCGCGGAAAGGGCGGAGAGUAUGGUCAGCCUGAGGGGUCUGAGCCUGUGGGCGCUGCUGUCGCUGGCGGUUCCCGGCGGUUGCUUCCCUCACGGGGGGCUCCUUUUCCCCUUCGGCUUGGAGCGAGGCGACGCGGAGUUGGAGCCUGGGGAUGAUGCGAAUUCCCCGCCUUUGGAGCUCAGCACUCCGCUGCACUUCUACGGCUCCAGCGUCAACUCCCUCUAUGUUCUUACUAAUGGCAUCAUUGCAGUGACUGAGCCAUCAAGGGAAGAAGAUUAUCUUGGUCAAUUUCCAGUCAGUUUUGGAGGUAUCGCUCCCUUUUAUGCCGAUUUGGAUACCACAGGAGGACAUGGGAAUGUGUACUAUAGAGAAGAUUCAUCCCCAGAUGUCCUCCAGCUUGCUGCUAAGUAUAUUAAAAGAGGCUUUCCAGAGUCUGCCUUUGAUCCAAGCAAUGUUGUAAUUGUUACCUGGGAUUCUGUGGCUCCUUAUGUAGGAUCUGGAGAAGAUCCCACUUUGGAAGUGAAGAGAAACACGUUCCAGACUGUUUUAGCGUCUUCUGAUUCCAGUUCCUAUGCUGUUUUCCUUUAUCCAGAAGAUGGUUUGCAAUUCUACAGUACACAUUCUAAAAACGCUAAGGAAAUUAUCCCAGCUACUGUUGGCUUUAGUCAGCCCUCUACAAAUUAUUUCUUAUGGGUAAAAGCUGGAACAUACAAUAUAAUUGCUAAUGAAGAAGAAAUAAUUGGAAAUCUGCCAAAGAGCAGCAAUUUGGGAAAACAAGGAGUCUGGGCAUUUGAGAUUGGUGGCUCAGCUAAUAUCCUGCCAGCCAAAAUCACCCAGAUUCCUGCCAGUGCAGAGUAUAGUGACUAUGACCAGUUCCAGGAAGUGGCUACAGAACCAUCAUCUAUAUCACAUCAAGAUUCCAUCGAAGUAAGCCAGCCAGAAGUAUCCUAUGAUAUUUCUAGCAGAGGAGAUCAACUGCACACUAGCUACAAUGUACCUCCACCAGCAGCAGAAGAUGGUUUUCAGUCUUCAUAUCAAACUUUAACAGAAGGUCCUCCAGCUGAGCCUCCACUCCCAACAGGAAAAAGCCCACCUCUCCAGUUUCCAAGCCAGCAAUUUCCCCGGCAGCACACUCAGAUUUUCGACGUGGAAGAAGCUGAUGGCACUGGAAUUGUGUUCCGUUACAGUACAGAUGUCCAGCAAAGCUGUGCAAACAACCGUCAUCAGUGUUCAGUACACGCUGUUUGCAAGGACUAUCCAAACGGCUUUUGUUGCAGUUGUAUUACUGGCUACAAAGGAAAUGGCAGACAGUGUGUAGCAGAAGGUUCUCCUCAGCGAGUCAAUGGGAAAGUCAAAGGACGAAUCUUUGUAGGGCACAACCCAGUCCCAAUUGUAUUUGAGAACACUGACCUUCACUCUUAUGUCGUGAUGAACCAUGGACGUGCAUAUACUGCCAUCAGCACAAUUCCAGAAGCUUUGGGUUUCUCCUUGCUUCCUCUUGCCUCUAUUGGAGGUGUAAUUGGAUGGAUGUUUGCUGUGGAGCAGCAAGGAUAUAAAAAUGGAUUCAGCAUUACUGGUGGUGAGUUUACAAGACAAGCUGAAGUUACAUUCCUUAACAGCAAUGAAAAGCUGACCAUUAAACAAAAAUUCAGUGGAAUCGAUGAACAUGGACAUCUUACAAUCAGCACAGAACUUGAAGGCAAAGUGCCUGAGAUCCCAUUUGGUUCUUCUGUGCAUAUAGAGCCCUACACUGAGCUCUAUCACUCUUCUAGUUCUGUUAUCACAUCAUCGUCUACUAGAGAGUAUACUGUAACAGAACCAGAAAGAGAUGGGGUAUCUCCAUCUAACACAGUUCCCUACCAAUGGCGACAGACAAUCACUUUUGAUGAGUGCAUUCACGACGACUCUCAUCAUUCUCUUUCAGCCACUCAGCAGCUAUCAGUGGACAGUGUCUUUGUCUUGUAUAACAGAGAUGAACAAAUUUUGCGAUAUGCAAUGAGCAAUUCAAUUGGUCCAAUUGAUGGUGCAGGUGAUACAAGCCGCAAUCCCUGCUACACAGGCACUCAUGGCUGUGACACCAAUGCAGUUUGUCGUCCAGGAACAGGCAAUCAAUUCACCUGUGAAUGUUCUGUGGGCUUCCGAGGAGAUGGCCGUGCAUGUUAUGAUGUAGAUGAAUGCCUGGAGCAACCAUCAGUGUGUGGCAACAAUGCAGUCUGUAAUAAUCAGCCAGGAACUUUCCGAUGUGAGUGUCUAGAGGGAUAUCAGUUUUCAGCUGAUGGACGAACAUGUGUGGCUGUUGAACGUGUUAUCAAUCAUUGUGUGACGGGCACACACACCUGUGAUAUCCCUCAACGUGCCCGCUGCAUAUAUUCUGGUGGUUCUUCUUACAUCUGCACAUGUCUAUCAGGCUUCUCUGGAGAUGGACGUUCCUGUGUGGAUGUAGAUGAAUGUCAAUUGAGCCGCUGCCAUCCAGAUGCUUUCUGCUAUAACACACCAGGGUCCUUCAGCUGCCAGUGUAAGCCAGGUUAUCGUGGGGAUGGUUUCCAAUGUGUAACAGGAGAACUAGAGAAGACAAAAUGUCAGCGUGAACAAGAACAAAUUGUGGCCUUGGGGCCAAGAGGACCCAGGCCAGUUGGCCAAUUUGUUCCUCAGUGUGAUGUCUAUGGGAAUUAUUUGCCGACUCAGUGCCACUCUAGCAGUGGAUAUUGCUGGUGUGUAGACAGAGAUGGGAAUGAAAUUGAAGGUACCAGAAGUGGCCCAGGAAUUCGACCUCCAUGUCUAGGCACAGUUGCUCCUCCUACUGCAGUUGGACCCUCUGUAAAACCAGAUACCAUUCCUCUGCCUCCAGGAACACACUUACUCAUUGCUCAGAGUGGAAAGAUUGACCAUGUCCCUCUGGAGGGGAAUGAUAUGAGGAAAUCAGAUGCAAAAGCUUUGCUGUAUGUGCCAGAUAAAGUUGUUAUUGGAGUUGCUUAUGACUGCUUGGAGAAGAUGGUGUAUUGGACAGAGAUCAGCAGCCCAUCCAUCAGCAGAGCAAGCCUAGGUGGAGGAGAGCCCACACCCAUUAUAAAAACAGAUUUGGAAAGCCCUGAAGGAAUAGCACUUGAUCACCUCGGGCGCACCGUCUUCUGGACAGAUUCUCAGCUUGAUAGAAUAGAGGUAGCAAGGCUAGAUGGCAGCCAGCGCCGAGUGCUGUUUGAUACAGAUCUUGUGAAUCCCAGAGCCAUUGUCGCAGAUCCUAUGAGAGGAAAUCUUUAUUGGACAGACUGGAACAGAGAGGCUCCAAAAAUUGAAACCUCAUAUAUGGAUGGCACAAACAGAAGGAUUCUUAUUAAAGAUGAUUUGGGACUACCAAAUGGGCUGACAUUUGACACUUACUCUUCAUUGCUGUGCUGGGUAGAUGCAGGCACCAAAAGGGUUGAAUGUAUGGAUCCCAAUCAGCUUGGUCGGCGAAAGAUCCUUGAAGGAAUCCAGUAUCCUUUCAGCAUUACAAGCUAUGGGAAGAAUUUGUUUUACACAGACUGGAGAAGAGAUGCUGUGGUAGCAGUGGAUCGUACCAUCUCAAAAGAGAAUGAUAAUUUUCAGCCUCAUAAGCGCAGUCGUCUUUAUGGAAUAACUACAGCCUUGGCUCAGUGUCCACAAGGACAUAACUAUUGCUCAGUGAACAACGGAGGUUGUACUCAUUUAUGCCUGGCUACCCCUGGGGGCCGUUCUUGCCGGUGUCCAGACAAUACCAUUGGAGUGGAUUGUAUAGAAAGAAAUUGAAAGAUACAGCCUGGAAUGUGUUGAGGCAGCUGCCACCUUUUGGCAAUAUACUGUCAAAUACUAGUUAAAUGGCCAGCCACAUUCAGAGAAAAAUAUGAUCUUCAUGCUGCCUGCAGCUAGAAACCACAAAGCACACAUGGAACAGCGGUGGCUACAUAAUGAAAUGCUGGUGUAUCUGUGCAACUAUGCAACUUCCCUUUUUUCUUUUAAAGACAAGUUUAGUGACCAGCAUUUAUUAGGUACCAUCUCCUAGUCAAAUUGUUGUACAAACUGUACUAUGGAGCGUUCAAAAGCAUAAGAGACCAGGAUCUCAGAUACCCACGAUAACUUGGUGUGUAAGAGUAUUUUGACAAUUUAUUUACAAAUUCACUUUUUAUAGGUCACCAUUGGUGCAGCUGAGUUGUAAGCAUCUGAAUACAUUGGAAGCUCGAUAUAACAUGUCUGAUUGUACUGUGGAAUCGGAUAUACUGCAGUAUGACCAUGUCUCCCAAGUAAAAUAUUGUAUACCCUAUUUUUCUGUUUGUUAAUACUUUGUUUUUUUAUCCUCUGUGCUCCUUGUGCCUGGGGAGUUCUCCAUUUGCUUCCCCCGGGUGUUUCUGAAUCUUACUUCCUCUCAACAUUUCAAAAAAUCUCUUUUUCUGAUGUCCCCCCCCUUUUUUUUUCUUCCUGACAGUUUUUUUUCUCUUGAGCCUCAUUCAAGUUCUUACAUUACUGUCUGUGGAGCUUUAUUAUUACAGUAACAUUUUUCCCUAUGUUAUCCUUCCUGCUUCUUCCUUCCCACUCACUUCCUCAGUGGGUUUUUUUGCCUCUCUAGGAACCAGUACAGUACUGGCUGGCUUUAACCCUUAUAUUAUAGUUUUCAUUACAGUGCAGAAGCCCUAUAACACAAGUGCAUCCUUGGGCUCCCAACCCCCGUACUAUAAUGAGCUUUCACUAUAUUGGGGCGGUAAAGGCCAGGGAAUGAGUGUGCAGUGGUAGAAAUUAGAAGUGUAAGGUGAUACUUGCAAUAACAAUCAAUAAUUUAAGUGAAGGGAACCCCAUAUUAAAUAGGCUUGUGUUCCAAAAGUAUUUAUAAUUACAAUCACUCCUCUUCCUUCACUACUCAUUUUUAAAGCUGUCAAUGUAAUAUUAUGUCCUUCACCAAAAAAAAGAAAAGAAAAAAAGCAAUUUAAUAUUAAAAAUUGUUUGCUAGUCUGUACAGCUUAGUUGUCUUGAUACCACUUUAGGUAGUUAUUCAGGUUUUCGGUGAUUUCCAAAAGAAACUUUGUGGGGGGAGCAAAAGGGUAUGUGUGAUUCAUUGACCACUUAUAUUGGUCUAGUUCCUCUGAUUUCAGUAGGACAGUAUCAGGGUAAAAUGCCAUUAAAUCAUCUCCCCCUGCUCAAAAUGCCAUUGAAUCACCUCCCUCUGCUCUUUGAAUGGGCUUUUGGAUUUCUACAAAAUAGCAUGAAUCUGAACUUUAAAAAGUGACUUUUCAGAUGGAAACUGUCAGAUAUUUUUCAUUAGCUUUUUAAAAAAACUUUUGAUACAUCCUUAUUUCAUUAGUCUGGUAAUUGUUCAUUUCUAAAUGUUUUUGUUGUAGUUUUAGAUAUACCUUACUUUUUCAGAUGCACUGAGGAUGGUGAAACAAUUAGUGCAUUGACUUCCUGGAUAGAAAAAAUAAUUGGAGCCCACAUUAUGUGUUGGUUGCUAGCAAGCAGAAUGCACUCGUGCUGGAAUUAGCAAAGCAGGAUGUAGGUUAAAGGCUGAUGAGCAUUUCAAAAUCUUUCUUCUAAAGCAUUUUAAGAUGCUGGUAAAGUACAUCAAAAGUAGAACAAACAAUCAUAUGGUGAUCACAACUGCUUCUAAAUACCUAUCUUUAGAGUGCAGCAAUUUAAUAAUAAUAAUAAAAUCUUUAUACCCCAGAAGGCAUUGCUUACAAGGCUACACAAUUAUUAAAGCAGAGCUAAUUUUGAGCCUUCAGCAAUGUGACAAUUUUUUCAUUUUAUAUUUAUCAUUAAAAUAUCAAAUGCUAUAUUAUUUUUUUAAUUUUUGUAUAACUCUUAUAUCUUUAAUGCAUUUAAUUCUAACAUGUCUACAAAACUGUAAAUACCAAAAAAUGUGCUGAACCAAACCAAAGGUGCUUUUUAAUAACUGUUCUUCCAGAGUUAUUUCAAUUUCAGGUGACAACAGAAAAAGUUUACAUGCUGUACAGCUAAUCACAGCAUUGCCAAUAAAAAUGUAUGUUGUUUUUGUAAAAAAAAAAAGUUUUUGUACUUGCAGAAUAACACAGUGUUUUAAUUUUUUUAUUAAAAAUUUUUAGAUACACUUUUUAAACCUAUCUGUAUCUGUGUUGCUGUCUGGCUGCCAGGGUCUAAUACAUACUUUUCUUACAUAGUGGACACAACGAAGUUCUGUAAAUUACUACUGCUUCUACAGAUUUAUCAAAGCAUACUUAGCAAAUUAUUUAUAUGCAAUGCUCUUGGAAAAAUCCAUUAACUGCUAAUUGAGCGUGUAGUAUCUAUUCACAUAAAAUAUUUGUCCGUGUGUAUAAGCCCAGGAUCUAUUGGCAGCAGCCUGUGUUUGUUCAAGGUAACGUGUAUACUACCGUAAACAUAAUUUUGUAAUACCUUGGUUCUGCAGUGGACUAUACAGAUAUGGAGGAGUUCCAUAUAGAAACCAAAGUUGUUGAAAUCCUUAUGCCAGUCCCAGUUGCCUCAUUUUUAGGCAACAGAAGAUUAUGGCUGAGACAGAGAUCCAGAAAGUGUGAAGGGGCAAUUGAUCUACUACCUUCUUACAGAAUUUUAUGCCUAAUACUUGUCCUGGCUUAAUGGUUUUUAAAGAGCAUUGACAGACAUCAAGAAAGAGGACAUUCCUGUGUCCUUUGUGGACUCUGCAGCUCCUCAUACAGAAUUCUGCUCUGUACAAACUUGAGGUGCUACCUGGGCUGGCCUUUUCCCUUAUCUAUGUGCCUUAGUUUUGUAAGGAAAUUUCUUUAUUCUUCACUUGUUUGGGUGUAAAUUACUUUGAUAGGUCACUGCUUUCUAGUGAUGGUCCUACCACUUAGCCAUUUUAUAAGCCUCUGGAGGAUAGAAUUGGAGAGACUAGUUGCUCAUAUUAAAAACAUAACAAAGAAGCCUUAUUAAUCAUGUACCUCAAUCAUUAAUGUGAUAAAUACUAAUAAGAUUUCUACCAUGGCUUAGAGGACUAUUUGAACACAUCUCCUGAAUUCAGUGCUCUACAACAGUGGUUCCCAACCUUUAUGAGCACGGGACCCCCUUUAUAAGCUGAAAAAAAAUUGUGACCCCCUCCCCCCAGGGAGGCAGGCUGGCUACCAGGAAGGAAGGGGGAAAGCAGCCUUUCUUUGCAGGCUUGCUUCUUUUUGCUUCACAAUAAGCCCUCUCCGCUCAUUCUAAGUAAGGGUGUUGCCAGUAGCGGCAGUGCAAGGAGACGGGAAUCAGUGAUAGUAAUCCCCUCUUCUUCCUGGUAGCUCCACCCUCAGCCUCCUUUGGCAUCUGCCAUGUAUUUUAUAGGCAGAUGCCUGCCCUUAGUGCGCCUGAAAGACGCUCUGGAGCUUCAGAAAAGGCCUCCCCUCUUGUUUGGAGCAAGGGGGAGGUGUCAUCUGCAGCGGCAGUGGAAAGCAGACAGUGUAGAGAGAGUGAAGACUUUUUAAAAAAAAUUAAUAAAUUCAUUUCUUUACUGUUCACGGCCCCCUCUGGAUUACUUCGCGGCCCCCCUGGGGGUCCCGGCCCCCAGGUUGGGAACCACUGCUCUACAACAUUAGAUCCAAGUGAGGAUGACUCGUGUUUAAUUUCAUGUGUUGGUAUAGUGGUGCAGAAACCAUUUUCAAUUGAUGUGGCCCCAUAGUACUCUUGUUAAUAUCUAAAAGGGAACCAUGAUAGUUGAUAAAUGACAUGCCAUUGGUGCCAGCCCCCAGGAAAGGGACAGUGCUGGAACCAUGACAUUUGAGUGACCUGUGUGCUGUUUUACAGACUUACAGGAAUGACACAGGACUGAAUUUUGUCCUUUGAUAACAUAUGGAUCAUUCAGGCCUAAAGAGUCUUCGUGUAAGAUUUGUAGUACCAGGAAAAUAAAUGUUUAGAUAUGGUUUACAGACUGGUAUUCAGCACAGUUUACAAUAUUACAUUUUCACGUCCUACAGUCUAGGGCCUGCAUAUCUUAUGAAAACCCUCCUUCCAUAUGUUCCUCUGUGCUUUCACAUGCUUCAUGUCUUCCCUUUUACAGCUGUGAAGAAGAUAAGGUCUUGGAUGUGUACCUUUUCUGUGUUAGCACUAAUAUCUAUGCUUGCAUUGGAAGUGCCUUUAGUCAUCUCUCUGUUGUUGUUUCGCGAACUAAUCAUAACCUAGCUGUUCAGAUAGGUGUUCAAUGCUAGGUCAAGGUGAUUAGAUUUGAACUUUUGCCAUCUGCUUUCGUCACUGAGAAUAUUCUUCUGGCUAUAUUUUAUGUGUAUUUAAAUACUGUUUUAAAAAACAUUUUUAUCAUUUUUAGUAUGUGCAGUGCUUUGUGUUUGACUAAGUAAAUGCUGGCAGUGUAAAUGUUUAUUUAACACCAAAGUCUCCUUAAAUUCCACAGGCUAAGCAAAUGAAAGCCAGCAGUUGGUAUUUGCUAUAUCUCAGAUUUUGGAAUGGUUGAAAAUUGACCCCCAAAGAAACUGAAUAAUCUGAAUUGCUAUUAAAUUGUUUGGACUGGCACUGUCCCAUGCAGUGGGGAAAUGCUUAGCAAUAAACGU